UAUGCCAACAGCUCGAUCGACGACGACUUGUUCAACGACCGAAUUGUAUGGGAGUUUAUGGGAGCUUCACCCUUCCCAUUUAAAUUGCUUCUCCCUCAGGCUCAUCAACAGAACUUGAGACGAAGAGAACGAGCUAGGUCGAAGAAGAUUUAAUUUCCUGCGAGGUCGAAGAAGAUGCAGCCCGCCGACGUGGAAGUUUCUCCACUCGAGCUCAUGUCGGCGAUUCUGCAGGGAAAGCUCGACGUGUCGCAGCUGCUUCAGUGGGCUUCGAAGGCAGUCGAGAGCCCGAGGCUGAUGGACGUGGCUCUCUUGGUCGGAUGCUUCGCGGCGUUCAUACUUUUCUGGAAGAAGACGGGCAACAAAGAGCCGGCCCCGGUGGCGGCGGCGAAAGCGCCGCCGGUGCCAGCUCAGAAGCGGCCGAAGAGGCUCAAAAGCGACGUGGAUUACGUCGAUGAGGGAAAAAAGAAGGUAACUCUGUUCAUCGGCUCGCAGACCGGCACCGCCGAGAGGUUCGCCAAGACUUUCGCGGACGAGGCCAACGCGCGCUACAAGAAGGCCGUCUUCAAAGUCGUCGAGCUGGACGAUUAUGCAUUUGAAAACCACGAGUAUGAAGAAAAGUUGAAGAAGGAGACGCUCGCAUUGUUCUUCUUGGCAACAUAUGGAGACGGUGAACCGACCGAUAACGCCGCGAGGUUCUAUAAAUGGUUCUGCGAGGCAAACGAGCGGAACGUUUACUUGGAGAACCUCCAAUAUGCUGUUUUCGGAUUGGGAAGCACACAAUAUCAACUCUACAACAAGAUUGGUACAGACGUGGAUCGAAUUCUUGCAGAGCAAGGAGCAAAGCGAAUUAUUCCUUUGGGGCUUGGUAAUGAUGAACAGUACAUUGAAGAUGACUUUGUGGCAUGGAAAGAUCUAGUUUGGCCAGAGCUUGAUAAGUUACUCUGCAGCGAGGAAGAUCUCGCCGGAUUAUCUACUGACUAUGUGGCCAGCAUACCGGAAUACCGCAUCGUGUUCCUCGAACGUGGAGAUGCUCCCCAAAUGGAGAGGAAACCAAGUCUUGCAAAUGGCAAUGCGGUUUAUGACCUCCGUAAUCCUUGCAGGGUCAACGUGGCUGUAAGGAGAGAGCUUCAUACCCCGCUUUCCGAUCGUUCAUGUACUCAUCUGGAGUUUGACAUUUCUGGAACUAGUCUCAAGUAUGAAACUGGUGAUCAUGUUGGUGUGUUUUCAGAGAAUACCUCUGAGACAGUGGAAGAGGCUGCAAAGCUCUUGGGAUAUCCAGAGGACACAUACUUCAGCCUGCAUGCAGAAAAGGAGGAUGGAACACCACUGAGCGGCAGUUCUAUUGCACCUCCAUUUCCAACGCCUUGUACUUUGAGAGAAGCACUUGCCAAAUAUGCUGACGUUCUGAGUUCUCCGAAAAAGCCUGCUUUACUUGCUCUGGCUGCUCAUGCUUCUGAACCAACUGAAGCCGAAAGACUCAAGUUCUUGGCUUCUCCAGCUGGAAAGGAUGAAUAUAAUCAAUGGGUUGUUUCUAGCCAAAGAACUAUUCUUGAAGUCAUGGCUGAAUUCCCUUCUGCCAAACUUCCUCUAGGAGUUUUCUUUGCAGCGGUAGCUCCACGCUUACAGGCUCGUUACUAUUCGAUAUCUUCUUCUUCGAGGGCUUGGCCGUCGAGAAUUCACGUCACAUGCUCAUUAGUCUAUGAACCUACACCGACGGGAAGGAUUCACAGAGGAGUUUGUUCCACCUGGAUGAAGAACUCGACCCCGCAAGAGGAGACUCAAGAGUGUAGCCAGGCUCCCAUCUUUGUGAGGCAAUCAAACUUCAGAUUGCCUGCAGAUACCUCCGUGCCGAUAAUAAUGAUCGGCCCUGGCACAGGCUUGGCACCCUUCAGAGGCUUUUUGCAGGAAAGGCUUGCUCUCAAGGAGGCUGGAGCAGAACUCGGCCAGGCCAUUUUCUUCUUCGGUUGCAGAAACAGAAAAAUGGACUACAUCUAUGAGGAAGAGCUAGAUAUGUUUGUAAAGGCAGGAGCUGUUUCCGAGCUCAUCGUAGCUUUCUCCCGUGAAGGUCAAAGCAAAGAGUACGUGCAGCACAAGUUGUCUCAGAAGGCUGCAGAAGUCUGGAACAUCAUCUCACAGGGCGGCCACAUCUAUGUCUGUGGCGAUGCCAAGGGAAUGGCCAGAGAUGUCCACAAAGUUAUUCACACCAUAGCUCAAGAACAGGGAUCACUGGAAGGCUCCAAGGUUGAGGCCUACGUAAAGAGUUUGCAAAUGGAAGGGAGGUACCUUCGUGAUGUGUGGUAGCGGCUAAUAAGCCUCUAUGCUCAGCUGAAGAAAAGAAAGAAAACAGAGGAGAAGAGUUUUGGACUAGGAAUACAGCUUGAGCAUGAAACUGCCUCUUCCUUAUAUAUUAAUGAUUUUUUCGAGAUGAAUAAGUACACACUAUUUGUUCUUUCAGAUGAACUUUGUAUUGUCCAGUGGCUGUAAUAUUUUUCGAAUACCUGCAUGAUGAUGCAAAAAUGAUUACUACGCAUUUGGGCAAGACUAGAA